GAAGCCCUGCUAUCAGUUUGGGUCCGUACCUUAAACUCGACUGUUCUUACCCUUGGUAUUUCCGCUUUGAGUGCACUGGCCUUCUCGCGCGGUAUACAAUACUCAUAUACUUCGAUUACUGGCGCUUGAUACGAACUCUAUCAACUGCACCUUCUUCGAUUCAACCACCCACCACCCCUAGCAUUUCCUUACUCUUGCACACAUGAGGAUGUCCUACUACUCUCCUGAGGCGGACUUGGUCCUUCUGACGCCUGACGAGAGCUUGGGUCACAUGUACCCCUCCAGCACAUGUCAAUCGCCCCCGAGCAUCAUGUAUUCACCACCACUCCACCAUCUGACCCACCCAAUGCCCACGGCCAUCCCAAGGACGGAGUCGAUGUACUCGCAGCAUCACAACUACACAACAGUUAUGGACUCUCCAUACCCUCCACCACAUACGCUCUGGUCAUCACAGCCAUCGCCAAUCCUGCAACCACGACCUCAAUCGUCUUCAUACUCGUAUCCUCCCUUCACGGGUAUGAUGCCUGCGUCAACCAUAGCGCACGAUUCUAGUCUACUUCCCCAAUCCUUUAUCGAAUCGCGAUCAUCGCGAUCGCACUCAGCGUCGUCUUCCGCGGGCUUAGGCAUACCUUUGUUUCCUGCCUCCGAAACAUCCCCACCUCCACUAUCGCGAUCUCUAUCACCAACUUCUCCAGAUCUACGAGCCUAUGGAUUUCCUAACCAAAAUGGAACCUGGAGCUGUGCCUAUCCAGGUUGCACGUCAAGAGCGCUCUUUACCCGAGGAUGUGAUCUCAGGAAGCAUCACAAGAGGCACACAAAGUCUUUCUUUUGCCGCCAUGCCGAAUGCCCGCAAUCUUCAGGAGGAGGAUUUUCAAGUAAAAAGGAUCUCGCAAGACACGAGGCCAAACACAACCCAGGCGUUUCGUGCGAAUGGGGAAGUUGUGACCGAGUAUUCUCCCGGGUGGACAACAUGAGAGAUCAUGUGAAAAGGAUACAUCUCAAAGCCUCUCGGAAGUCAUCGGUGGCUUCAUCAUAACGCCCUACACUGAGCUCUUUGUUCGCUCUCUUCGCCUAGCGCAUUCACCUCUACGGCCAUCUUCACGCUCACAUAAGACGUCUUGACCGUAAUUUUGUUUAUACUUCUUUCACACCUCGACAGACAGCGCCUAUGUGCUGCCUCGGAAGGACUACC